CGGCUGUGUGUUUACCUGCAGACAGGUGCCCUGUCCUCGUGUCUGUGGUCUCGCUGUAUCAUAAGUCCAGUCCGGGUCAGUGUAGCUGCUGUAGUUCGGGGCCGGCGGGUCCAGCAGCCUCCAUCCAGAGGCCGUGUGAGUGAGUGAGUGAGUGAGUGAGUGAGUGAGUGAGGGGGGCUGUAGAGCUGUGAACACCGCUGCUGUACGGCCUGACUGACCGGGCUUCACGUUAUCACAGCAGCAGGUUUCAUUUAAAGCCUCCACACUGGAAUCAUUUUGAGAACCAGAACCCACCAGAACCUCCCCAGCACCACAGAAGCGGUGGUUUUAUGUAUCAGGAACUAGAGUAUUGUUUACCGGCUGCCUGCAGGGAGGCGGGGUUUGUAAUAUCAACUAUCACAGCUACAUAAUGACAACAUUUAGAGUCAUGAAGUCUGCAGGUCCAGUGACGUCAGUGACGUCAGGGUGUGUUACUGUGGUGUGAGACAGUGGAGGAAAAGGAAACAGGAGAUGUUCCAGUCUGAGUCCAAAGAAAACAACUGACUCUGUGAACAGGAGGUAAGUUUGAAAUAAGAGAGAACUCAUUCAAGUCCCAGUCGUCCUCUCAGUCUCUGUGGAGGAGGACAGUCAGACAGACAGUUGGACAGUCAGACAGACAGUUGGACACACAGCUGGUGACAGGGACACAGCUGAUAAACCAACAGUUUUUCAUAUCAUGAUGAACAGCCGUCUUUACCAGUCACACCCAGUCACAGCUCACCAGCCCUCCACACUCAGACCUGUUCAGACCUGGUAUUAACAUCCGUCUCAGGUGAUGGUUUUCAGCUCUAAGUUCAGGUGUGAACGCACCCAAGAUGUAUUUAGGACGCACUGAGAUCAGACCACAUUCAGAGGUGGUCUGGACCACAUGUGGCCACAUUGUUUUAGCAGUGUGAACGUGAAUGUGUCCUGGGCCAGUUUCACAGAGAUAUCUCAGACUGGUCUGUGGUGUUGGUCCAGAUCAGUCUGAUGUUAGUCAGACUGUUUCACUAGAAUCAAGACUGACUCACUUUAAACCAAAAACAUUAGACACCUUGCCCCCAAGUAACUCAGUCCUGAGACCAAUGUUACCAUGGUAACAAUCAAUGACACCUGUGCUGACCAGUAGAAGAAAAAACAGUAGAACAUGGCUUUGUGGUUUGCUAACAUUGUUAUGCAGAGAGAGAAAGUUUUUAGAGACUGCAGCCAUUUUUUUCCAAAUCAGGCUUUUUUUGUUUCACUCUUCACUGAAUUUCCAAAGUAAAACGUCCUUGUAACUGUUGAAUUCUUCCACAAGACAAACUUUUUCCGCUGAGGGUAAACAGAGUGAACAGUUGGAUGCGGCUCCUUAGUCAGCCAUUUUUUUUAUUUUGAAAAAAGUCUUAGUUUACCCAGAAUUCAUUGUACCACAGUCCAGCUUAAAAUAGUCAAAAACUAAAGUGCUUUGUGCAAGUAAUGAAUUCACACGUCUGACUAUUUGUUUUAUCUAAGACACAGUCAGAGUCUAUUUUUGUGAAACUGGCCAUGUGGUUCCAUUUGUGCAUUGCAACUGAUCUUUAUUGCCAUUAUUUAUUUAUUUAUUUACAAGCGUGUUACUCUGAUUGCUCUUAUUAGUAUGACACUGAGAAGAUGCCUGAAAAAUAAUGUAAUAGUAAUUGCAGUGUUAGGGGUACUGGAGGGAGACGGGACAACACUGAAGCGGUGCAUCUCUGCUUGGAGGUUGCCCCCAGCAACUGCCCAGGGGAAGCUGGAAGAAUUUGGGAAAGUAGUGCAACAGAUAACUUCAAGCUCUGAAAUUGCCAAUGAGAACUGUCGCAGUCCUCGGAGGGGGGAUUGGGGGUUUGGCAGCAUCUUACUACCUGUGCAAGAGUCCCCAGGUUACCAAGGUUGUAGUUUUGGAGUCCAGCAGCCGGUUUGGGGGUUGGCUGUGGUCCACUAGGAGGUCCGACGGGGCCGUAUUUGAACAUGGACCCAGAGGGAUCCGACCUGCUGGGGCAGUGGGACGCAACACACUCAACAUGGUGGAAGACUUGGGUCUUGCGGGGGAGAUUCUGCCGGUCACCCACAGUCAUGUGGCGUCGAAGAACAGAUACCUGUAUGUGAAGGGACAGCUGCACAGGAUGCCGUCAGGAAUCAGUGGACUUGUGCGGACAGUCCCACCCUUCUCUCGCCCCAUCCUGUUGAGUGUUGCCAUGGAGAUACUGGUGAAGAAAAGCAAGGAGGAUGACGAGUCUAUCCACUCGUUUGUCUCGAGGAGGCUGGGAGAGGAGCUUGCAGACAUCGCUGUGGACAGUUUGUGUCGCGGCGUGUUUGCAGGCGACUGCAGGAAGCUGAGUGUGCGCUCCUGUUUUCCUGUGUUGUACAACGCAGAGCAGCACAGAGGUUCCCUGAUCCUGGGUAUGCUGCUGGGCUCAGGUCCCGGUCCUGCGGUCCCCCCUGGCCCUCUGGCUCAGAGAUCUGUUAAAGAGUCAUGGGCCCAGUGGUCCCUGAGCAGGGGGGUGGAGUCCCUCCCAGAAUCCAUCACUGACUCCCUCCUACAGAGCAGCAGGGUGGAGCUUCACAGAGAUGCAGAUGUUAAACACAUCUGUCCUUCAGCCUCUGGUUGGAAGAUCCAUCUGGAGGACGGAGUCGUAUCAGCUGAUCACAUCAUCUCUGCUCUGCCAGCUAAAGCCCUCUCCUCAGCCUUGCCGUCCUCCUGUCAACCUCUCAUCCAGGAGCUGCAGGAAAUCUCCACGGUAACGGUUGCUGUGGUAAAUUUGGAGUAUGAGGGUUCCAUCCUGCCUGUAAUGGGCUUUGGUCACCUGGUUCCAUCAUCAGAGGAUCGGGGUCUGAUGGGGAUCGUCUACGACUCUGUCCCCUUCCCUCAACACAACAGACCUAAUGGACAGACCACUAGACUGACGGUGAUGAUGGGCGGGGCCUGGUUCCAGGAAGAGUUUGGGGACCCAGAUACAGUAACAGAGAAGCGUCUUUUAGAGAGAGCCACUGAGGCGGUGCAGAGCCACCUGGGAGUCACCUCAGCGCCCAGCUGGAGUUGGGUGGCACUGCAGAGGGACUGUAUACCUCAGUAUUAUCUAGGACACCAUCAGAGAGUAGAGUCCAUGCGUAGCUUCAUAAGGAAAACUAAUCUCCCGCUGUCUCUCACUGGCUCCUCCUAUGAUGGCGUGUCAGUGAAUGAUGUCAUCUUCAGUGGACGCACAGCUGUAGAGCAGCUGUUGGGGACUGUAAUCUGAUGGAGCAGAUGCACACACUCGUGUCUCCAAAGCCUUUUUUCAGUUCAUCAUUUCUAUCAUUUGGACUUGAUGUCUGUAAGUGUCUGUCACUCAGGUAUCACACACAUGAACACCAGCAACCAUCAUCUCUCUACCCAUAAUGCCACACUGCUCUACAAGCACACACAGGCCUGUUGUCUUCUGGGCUCUCUGCCUGUAGCUGUGGUGGUUUGUUCAACAUUUACCUGGAGAUGAGAAGUGACAUGUGGUCAGUACAAACACUGAAUUAUGAAGUCCUCUCUUGUUCAGUGCCACUGUGUAUGAUUAAAUUAAUAAUUGAUUAAUAUUAUAUUGUAAUAUAACAGUGUCUAAAUAAUAUGAUGGGUUGUGUUAAUAAAUGCAGUAUCAGAAUGUGUCAUGGCCGAGCUGAUCCAGACUCUGCAGGCCCAGGUGUCUCUGCUCCCUAGUUCUAGUCCUCAUGCUCUCCAGUGCCUGAUCCACUGAUGUGACUUGCACCAAGUAAAGCCUUAUUAAGCUGUU